AUGGCUGAGGAAUACGAUGAUGAUUUUCAAUACAAUACCGAUUCUGGAAGCGAACUUGAUGACGAGGCAGUCAGUGAGGAUGAUGGCAUUGCUAUGGAACAAGAAGAUACGAGUAGAGAAGUUCUCAAAGAAACACCGAACCUUGAAGCAAAGGUUAUGACUGUGGAGGAUUUAGCCAGAGAAAUGAAUGAAAUCAUUGACGAAGUGUCCGCUAUUUUACGGAUUGGACGUGGGCACUGCCGUAUCCUCUUGCAUAAAUUCAAUUGGAAUAAGGAAAGCCUGUUAGAAAGGUACUAUGAAAAUCCAGAUACUGAUGCUUUCUUACGCAAAGCUCAAGUACUGCCACGCAAACCUGCACCGCCUCCUUUAUCAUCUGUUGGAGAAUGCGAUAUAUGUUGCACAACAGCCCCUUUGGGAGGUUUAGAUUGUCAUCAUUGGGCAUGUUCAAACUGUUGGCAGAGGUAUCUCGAUACAAAGAUUAUGAAUGAUGCAACGAGUGAGAUACAGUGUAUUUUUAAUGGAUGUCAGCUUUUGAUCCAGGACGAGAAGGUUAUGGAAUAUAUUCAAAGCGAAGUUGUACGAAAUGCUUAUCAACGCCUAAAAAUCAAUAGUUUUGUUGAAGGGAAUCGUUUAUUGAAAUGGUGUCCCGGUCUCGAUUGUGGAAAGGCGCUCAAGGUUGAGGUAGGGUACUCCGAGCCUCGUCCGGUUGUAUGUUCUUGCUCAAUGCGGUUUUGCUUCGGAUGUGCACAUGAAUGGCACGAGCCAGUUAAUUGCCGACUUUUGAAAUUAUGGCUCAAGAAGUGCAGCGAUGACUCCGAAACUAGCAACUGGAUCAAUGCCAAUACGAAAGAGUGCCCGAAAUGCCAGGUGACAAUUGAAAAAGAUGGAGGUUGCAAUCACAUGGUUUGCAAAAAUACUGCUUGUCGAAUGGAGUUUUGCUGGAUUUGUCUGGGUCCUUGGGAGCCCCACGGUAGCAGCUGGUACAACUGCAAUAGGUACUAG